CUCCGUUACCAAGGGCGAGGGGUGCUCUUUGACCCGCGCCCGGGGCGGAGGUGGUGGCCGCGGGGUCCCACUGAAUCCUCGCCGGAUGCCGGAGGGAGAGGGGCGCGCGGGGACGUGCACCAGCUGUUCCCAAAGAAGGCAGCCGAGGAGCCCGCCCGCGAGAAGGGGAGCCCGUCCGUGAGCCCCUUCCUCUCCAGCCCCGCGUCCGCCCCAGCCCGGGGCAGCGCGCGGAGGCAGCGCGGGGGACGCGCCGCCGAGGGCGCGCCGCCGAGGGCCGGACUUUGGGCCUCCCCAACUUCUCCCCGCUGAGGGGGUCUGAAGCCAGCUGAGCGCGCGCGCUCUCUCUCCCUCUCCCUCCCUCUCCCUGUCUCUCCCCCUCCUGUCUCUUGCUCUCUCUCCUGACGGGUACUUGGAUAAUAACAGCCAUUUUCCGUGCGUCAUGCUUUUCGCUACAUGCUCAGUGACUCUAAACAUGAUUCUAUGCAGAGAUCCCCCUAGCCCAGUCGGAGGCGUUCCUAACGGACCUUUUGGAGAAAGUGUGUGAGCGAAUGCGCGACUACAAGCUCGAAGAAGACCCUGUGACGAAGGAGAGAACUUUCAAGAGAUUUGCUCCUAGGAAAGGAGACAAAAUAUACCAAGAAUUUAAAAAAUUCCAUUUUUAUUCUGAUGCUUACAGACCUUUGAAAUUUGCGUGUGAAACUAUAAUAGAAGCGUAUGAAGAUGAAAUAUCCUCACUUAUCGCCCACGAGGCACACUAUCUCGCUGACAAGCUGUGCAGUGAAAAAUCAGAUCUGUGUGAGGCUUCUACUAAUCACCCUGAGCUCCAGGAACGCCGCGCUGCUGGCUGUAAAGAGGAGUAGUCAUCACACCCCAAAGGUCAAUGUCUGCAUUUUGUGUUUGCAUGUUGUCUCUCAUGACAAGAAACUUUGUCUCUUGUUUAUGCUGUGUUUGUCUCCAUUUAUGGUUUAUUUUGAAAAUCUGUUGUUUGACAUCAAGACAAACCGUGAGGUUUUUUUUUGUAGGUAAAGCUGAGGAGUACAUAAACUUAAAUUAACCUUUGCAGAUUUUGAUAAAUCAAGCUUGACAAUAAAGCAUUUAAUUCUGCAUUGGGGAAAAUAGUGAAGACAUUUCAUAAACAAAAUAGAGAUUUCA